AGGAACCGAAUGUAAAGUUUUCCUCGGUCGCCGUCGAAGUGUUUUCGGGACUGGUGAUAAAUUGCAACUUUUUAGUGAAGAUCGGUCUAUUUCGGGAGUGAAUAUUACCAAAAUCGCUAGAGUUCUUGCACGGCUAGACCAAGCGACAAUCAUUGUGAAGAAUUUUGCAAAGUUCACUGUGAAAAGAGGAUUUUGCUUGCUGCCAUUUUAGUGAUCAGGAUUGGAAAAAGGUUCACAACUUUCGUAUUCCUCUAUAGUAGACGGGGCGGUGUACGAUUGGAUGUGUGUGUGUGUGAGUAGAACGAGCCGCGUAUGAAGUAUUGGUAACUGAGGCAUAUACCGUGCAAAAUACGGCAGCAGAGUUGAAGAGUGUUAGUGGUUCUCUUGCUAGCAGUCAUUUAUGAUUGCUGAAUUAUAGGUUGGAAGUGAGCAUAAAUCGUGUUUCAACAAGUACAUUAUAAGAAUAUACCAUGAUAUUAAGAAAAAAAAGUCAACUUCACGCUAAAAAAUCGUAGUGAACCAUUCAAUUUAAAGCUGAUAUAUUCUGUUUCACCAUCAACUAUACUAUCCGUAUUGCAUGACAUAACUAUUAUCCGUAUCCUGCUGUGAGUCUGCUUUCUACCGCUGGCGGCUGCAGGGACCAGAAAUCGGUAAAAUAAAACUUGUAAAAAGAAGAAGUAAAUCAACCGGCAACGACAGAAUAUAUGUUGGUAGAAACAGUUGAAUACGUAUCUGGAUAAGACAUCUCUCUUCGCUAGUAUACGCUCACAUAAACACCGAUUGUGGGCAGUACGAGCGGUAGGUGGUGCCGUAUUAAAUUAGAGCCACCAUAGUCAUUAGUUUGUAAGUAAUUAUUAGCCCAAUAUUCUGUGGAAACAUCAACAGCUGUUCGCGAGGACACACUAACACUAUACUUAGGUACUAAAGUAAUCAGUAAUCUCCGAUGGCAGGAAGCAUAAAACAAGACGAUAUGUGCUACGUCGUAGCCAAAUACGAUUAUGCCGCACAAGGUGCUCAAGAGCUGGAUCUUAGAAAAAAUGAACGGUAUAUGUUGCUGGACGACAGCAAACACUGGUGGCGAGUUCAGAAUGCACACAACCAGUCGGGUUAUGUACCGAGUAAUUACGUUAAGAAAGAAAAGAAAUCGGUUUCCUUGUUCGACAGUUUUAAAAAGAAAGUAAAAAAGGGUUCGUCGGGUAGCAAAACACUUCCAAAUUGCUCACCAUCUCGUCAGGUGGAUAGUCCAACGAUGAGUCGGAGGUUACCUCCAGAUCCAUCAGAAGCGGUUGCUUCAACUCCUAUCGGAACUGCCAUAGUAAAAUAUAACUAUCAAGCCCAGCAGCAGGAUGAACUAUCACUAAUUAAGGGUACACGAAUACUGAUCCUCGAAAAGUCCAACGAUGGGUGGUGGCGCGGCCAAAGUGGUUCUGCCACCGGAUGGUUUCCUAGUAAUUACACGACAGAGGAAACCGAAGAUGAUACUGUUCACACCUAUGCCAUGGCAGAAAACGUAUUAGACAUUGUGGUGGCACUUUACUCGUUCAACUCGAAUAAUGAUACGGAAUUAUCAUUUGAGAAAGGGGAUCGUUUAGAGAUUCUCGAUCGGCCUGCAACAGAUCCUGAAUGGUUCAAAGCUCGCAACAACAAUGGUCAGGUCGGUUUGGUACCACGAAACUAUCUUCAGGAGCUAACCGAAUAUCUGGCGCAACCGUAUCGCAGUAACAAUGGUAGUGGUCCUGAUUCGUUAGAUCGACGGCCUAACGAACAGCAAACGAACAACAAUAAUUCAAACUCUGCAAACAGCAACAAUAACAACUCUCAACAGUUGGACCGACCACCACUGACUGGGAAAAGCUGGUACUACGGUGCUAUCACGCGAAGUCAAUGUGAUACGGUGCUAAAUACUCACGGUCACGAUGGAGACUAUCUAAUCAGAGAUAGUGAAACAAAUAUGGGCGAUUAUUCGGUAUCUCUGAAAGCCCCGGGUCGUAACAAGCAUUUUCGUGUGCACGUGGAGGGUAACAUGUACUGCAUCGGGCAACGUAAAUUUCACACACUAGAUCAACUAGUGGACCAUUACCAAAGAGCACCUAUCUACACCAACAAGCAAGGUGAGAAGCUGUAUCUAGUGCGGCCUCUGCCGAAAGCGAAUGGAACUUAAGGGUGAUUUCGCGACCGAUUUUGUUUGUUGUCAGGUAAGCGCGCAUUUUUUACUGUUUAUAUACUAGUGGCAAAAGCGAGCAAAAUCACACACGCAUUAUAAUAUAAGGCUACAAAAAAAGGUUACGUGAGACGAAAGUAUAUUGGACAACCUAAAACAUUACGCAAAAAUGACGCGUAUAUUGAUAAUUAUUAUUAUUUAUUUAUCAAGACAAUGAAAAUUCGGGACGCAUGGAACGCCCAUUUCGGACGUUAAAAUAACAAAAAAAAAUAUACUCGAAGAGCAGAAUCACAAUUUAGUCACAAAAUAUAGAACCGAAUGAAUGUGGUCGAGUUUUCAAGAAAGCAGAAAAAGACGAAUCUUUUUAAAUUAACGUACGUGUAUUCGCGCAUCCUACUAAGCAAAGCAGUACAUAUUACCCCUCAAGUAAAAUGUAUCGUCUACAACAUACAGUUAAAUUGAUCAUAUUAACAUCCACUAAUGCUUUGUAAACAGAACAUAACAUUCAAAUAAUAUACAAUUGAAAUAACUGGUGCAGCUUCCCAACAUUUGAAAUAAAAUUAAAACAUAUAGUACAUGAAUGGUUUUAUAGUCACAGAGAAGUGUAACCGUAUAUGGGUAUACAACAAAACUAGUAUUCCGGCCAGCGUUUUUAGCGAAAUCUAGAUUUGUUUGAUUGUGCUUUUGCCAGAUCCACUAUUGGUGUUGUAUUCAGGAAAACACUGAGAUUACUGCAGCAGUUACUAGCAGCAGUUUUUAUACUUUUGUUCUGGUUUCCCAGCGUAAUUGGGAGAUUAUCAUUAUCUACAUCAACUGGCACAAAAUUAAAUCGAGAUGUUGUUUUUAAAGCAUUCCAACAGCGGUAUUUUAACCACCGAACCACCUAACAAUCCAUCAAUUGUUUGAUCAUACACUUUUGAACUAAUCUUCUCCUCAAAAUUGUCGUGCUGAAUCUGGAUAAAUAAGAUAAAGCAUAAAGUAUAUGUUCAUUUUUAUUUUUUACCAACGAGGUGCAAUUUUUUUACUUGUGAAUAAGAUCUAUAUUUUAUGUUUAAUAUAUUCGCUACUUGCGUUUUGUGCUAUGGUUAUAUCAUUCAUCUAUCAUUAAUUGAUUCAUUUGAAAAAAAUAUCUGCUUACGAAGGAGUUUCUGAAAGUUCUAGUUCAUCCAUAUGUUUAAUUAUUGGUAGUCCUUGCAUAACUGUUUCAUAUUGGUCGGUGAUAUGAUGGUUAUGCGCAGAACGGCAGCAUAGUUUAUUAAUAGAUUGAAGCAAAGUUCAACAAUCCAAAUAAUCCAAUAAAUAACAUAAUACGGAAACAAUGAAAUAGAAAUAUUAUGUUUUAUGUAUGAUCCGAAACACUAAAAAUUAUUAAAACGAUAGCCUUUCACGCAGCGUACCUGUAAUGGAUCCUUAACACUCGUACAUAGGAUCAGGAAACUUUUGUUUCUGAUUUCAACAGGCAAAUAACCACAAGAUUGAACUAUCAAGCAUCCACAAAGUAGCAUUUCAUUGUUUUCGCCGUUUAUUUUCGGUGAUGCGAAAGCAGUCUCCAAUUUUCAAAUGAACAUAUUUGCAGCCUGAUUACAUACUGAUGAUCUGUAUUUAAAUUCAGUUUUGUUAUCUAUGAACAUGUAUGAUUGACCAUGAUAGCGCAAAGUUUUGGAAACAACGAUUCGGAAUAAAACGAAACUUGAAGUUUUUUUUUGUUUCAGUUAGUUAAUAACUAAUAUGAUCACAAUUGUUUGAACUUUGUAGGAAAAUUACUAUUGAGAGUAUAUUAUUUCCGUAUUUUUUACACGUAUUUCAUUUCAAUAUCACUUGUUAUCUUUGACCAGAUUAGCCAUUUCGUUGUAUGUUAAAAAAAAUGAAAUUCUUUGUACGCCUUAAUCAUUUUUUUUAUGUUCGGUGUAUAAAAGUAACUAUGGUAUGCAUUUUACCUAGUUUGCUUUCAAAUAAUCAAGUAAUACCGACUUACACCUGCUAUUUUAGUUAACUUAAAGAUAUAUGCAUGUAUCACAUUUUUCUAAUGUAUAAUGAAACAAUGGUGUAAAAACAAGAAACCACGAAAAAGUAGUCAAAACGAAUAACAUUCAAAUUUGUAAGAUGUUUUGAAAAACUGAUUACAGGAAAAACGAGCAAACAGGUUUGCUUUCACUGCAGAGCCUUUUUUUCGUACGAACGGGUGAACGCAAUAAACAGAAUCUAAUUCGAUCACAGGUGACGAGCUUCUUCGUGGCUAAAACUGACUGAAAAUCGUACCGAGCUGUACGCUUUGCUUCGUCUUUAUUUCAAACUAAAGAUGAUUUUGAUUUUGGAGAAAUUCUUUUUUAAUAUUCAUGUCUGACAAUCGUGCGACAAAACAUGAAUGACAUUCGUCUUAUCUCUAUAUCAAUAUUUGUUCCGUUAAAUUUAUGUGUAGCAUAUUGUGGAGAAUUUAAUAUCAUUGCAUCCAUUUCUGGAUCCUUGUUGUAUGUUUUGAAGCUCAGAAAUGAAAACUAUGGAAUAUCAAAUUGAUAUAUGAUGUAGAUUAUUUUGCUAACGAAAUAGCUUCAACAGUCUUUUCUUUGUUUAUCCAGUACCUCAUUGUCUCAAAGCUAUACUACCGUUCUAUCCGUUUUUCUAUUACAAAGUAAUACUAAGUAAACUAAAUUCAUUGACACAAUGAAUAAACAAUUAGCGAGUUGUGUAAUAACAAUAUUGUAUGAAUCAGAAACACACAUUAGGAAAAAAAUAAAUCAACUUAUACCAAAUUGUAACUAGCGUGUUAAAGCCGAAUCAGAGAAGUGAAGCAGCUGUAACUAUGCAGAAUAUCAAUUAGAACAAAACAUACACAUAAACUUGAAACAUAUACAAACCACGCAAAAUUCGUACGCACUCGUAAGCGGCCGAAGUAACAUAUUCUAGUUCAUUAUUCCUUGCUCGAAAUCAAACAAUAUUCCACCUUCUGAUUUGAAAAUGGUAGAUGUGAACAAUUUUAUCAUGUACCAUUGUCAUUAGCACCGAUUUUUUUCCUUGAGUGAACAAGUUGUAAAAAGAAGAAUGUUAUGAUAAAUGGAACACUCCGUUAGGGUAGGUAUUCUCUCAGAGAAUACAAAAAAACAACAGUACAUAAAUACCAAAAUCACAACCAUCGCUAGCAAAUACAGAUAACGAAAAAGCUUAAGCACUUUAUCCAGCGCUAUGCGAACGAUAUUAGGUUGUAUAUUAGAAUGGAAGUGGCUAGAAGUCAGACAUCAGAAAACUCGAAGAUUGCGAAUUGUAGCAAAAACAAACUUUUCUUCUUUUGUGACAUUUUUUUUAAAGAAAGUAACCCUAGAAGAAAAUGCUUUGAAUGAGGUGAAUUUUAGAAAGCGAGAGAGAGAACGCGAGAGCUUGUAAUCAAGUAAUAAAUUAACAUAGAUCUAUGACGGAUAAAACGAUUUGUGAAUUAAAAAAACAUUGAAAGAAUA